GUAAAAGAAUGAUUACUUGGUUACCCCACUUUCUUUUGUAAAUAUCGAGUUUUAGCCAAGUGCCGACUAGACGACUAGAAGAUUCAUUAACAGUUCAAAAAAUUAGCGCUGAAAAGCAGGUCUCUUUGAAACUUAAUUAGCAAGUUCAGGGUUCUGUAAUAGCAAGGCUCCAUCUCACAUGAAAGAUUGCGUGCAGUAUUGACUCCUGACGUACCGCGCAGUACGUUUCAUUCAAGGGUCCAUAAUGCAAUAGUUGCUAACCUUAUUCAAUUGAUGCGUGGCAGGCGAAGGAAAGAGUUCCGUAUGAAAUUGCUCCUUUUGAGGAUACCAUCUCCAAGCAUUGGUAAAGAGGACACUGCUCUGAGGAUUUGAUGAUGCUUUCGAGGACAGGACUACAGAGCUAUGCAGUCCAAUCGGUCAAAGGAAAAGCUUUUCUUUUUUUGCUACUCAGUUUUCUUGCGGCAAAAGGACAUUCGGCAGCAAUCGCGAGGACAAGACGUAGUCUUUCGCUGAAUAACUCCUUUCAGAUUUCCAUCCAAUUGUCUCAAACCCCAUGGUCCGAAGAUUUCUUCAAUAACAGGAGUACCGAGUAUAUUUCCUUGGCAACAAACCUAGAGACAGCGGUUCUUGAUGUCGUUAAAAAGGUCGGGAAUGGACAGGUUAAAGUCCUGGAAUUCAAACCAGGAAGUGUCAUCGCUGUAAUCAAAAUAACCGCAUCGAGUUCAGAUGAAAAAGCCAUGAAGACCCAACUUGAGUCAGAGAUGAAAGACAGACAGCUUGGAGGAUAUUCUGUGGAUCCUAUUCUUUAUUCAGGAAGAUUCUUUGAAGUCAUUCUCAAAAUGAAAUUCCCUUGUAAUGAGUCUUUACCAGACAAAGGGUUUCUUCAAAAAGAUGAACUUAUGAAAACCAUUAACAGCGUGAUGUCUGGUAACGCUGGCUUUCUCAAUGCCACCAUCUAUAGUAUCGAGUGCUCUCAGGCAGACAACAUCACCUUGGUAACUACACGAGUUCAGAUAAAGGAUUCGUCGGCAACCAAUCCAUUUAAAGAGUUAAGUAGUUUGAAAACUCAAGUUGACACUGGUAAGCUCGGCAGCUUUUCUGUGAUUCCUGAAUGGAGAUCCUACAUCCCUGGAGAAAAAGUAUUCUACGUGAGUGUUGAGUUACAGACUGCUUCUACUAAUACGACGCAAACCAAAGAACAACUUCAGAAGUUUAUAGAAAACGACUUUAGAGAUUACGGUAACUUUAGGUAUGUCCAUGUUGUCAUGCCGGAUAGCAAUCAUGCCGUUCUGGAGAUUGGAAUGCGUUCUUCCACGUCACCGAUUCUUUUCAUGGCACUCUCUCCUAUUGGAAACGAAUUGUCCAGAGGAAAUCUUGGGGGCGUCAAAGUCAACAAAAAACAGAACAGAGUCACCAUCGACAUACAAUCUUUAACGCGAAAAAUAUUCGAAGUGAGUUUCAUUAAGUAUGUUCCAAGCUGUGUCGAAGCAGAUCUUACGGAUACCAACAGUUCGCAUUACAAAGAACUCGGCCAAAAAUUUACCCAGUUUAUAGACACCAAUAUGAAAGCUCAUUCACUCAACAGUAAAUUUUACUUGAGUAAUGAGGUGACCAAAGUGGAAUGUAAAAACUCCACAUCAGUCAAGGGCUAUAGCUACGUAUACAUGAAACCCAGCACUGAAGAUAAGAUAGCGAAUUUAAACGGGGCUUUGUACAAGUGUAACACAGAGCCAGGAAUCUACGACAAUGGGUUGAAAAUAUCUCUUAGGACUCCAACAACGCCAGAGGCGAAGGGAACGUGGUCUUGGUCUUUGGCCGGCGUGUCGUUGACUCGUGGCUCCUGUUUAAGGCCAAAGCCGACAAACCCGACGAAUGGACCUGCACCAACUACCAGAGGUACAACAACAGGCAGACCAAGUACUGCCCAAACCAACAGCAAACCAACUACUGCCCAAACAACAGGCAAGCCGAGUAUUACCCAAACCACUGGUAAACCAACUACAGCUCAAACCACAGGCACGCGAACAACCGAAAUCAUACUUCCCACGUUAACCUCACAAACAGAGUUAUACGCCAAGGUGAAGCUCGGAAUGACCUGGGAAGAAUUUUGCUCAAAGCAGGAUUCUUUCAAGGAGAUCAUUGCGUGGAACGUUCGCGAUAAAAACGACUCCAGGGUCUCUCCCGACAGAAUAAUCUAUGUCAACGUAAAGCGAAACUGUGUGGACCCAAGUAAAAAGAAGACACAGGCCGAGGUGUGGUUUUACGUGUCUGAGCCUGACUCCAGUCAGAACAACGAGUAUCUUACUUUCAAGGUUUACAGCCUCUUUAAAAUGUUCUUUGAGAAUGGUAACACCAAACAGCUGGGAUCGGAGUUUCAAGAAAAGGUUUUGCAUGUAGAGCUAGGGGGAAGUCAUGCCUCUAAAUACGAAAAGGACUCAGAGUGUAAAUGGCCUUUGUGGCUGCUAAUCCUUCUAGCUGUGGCUGGUGCCAUAGGAUUGUUUCUUAUGAUACUGGCAUGUUGUUGUCUAUUUUGCUGCGGUGGAAGACGGCGUAGGAGAAGGCGGGAGUAUGAUGCAGAUCAGCCUCAAGCACUUGUAGUUGUCCACGUUGAUAGCAAUGGGUCUGUGCGCUAUCAACAGAAAAAUGGGAAGCACAACAACUCUGAAUUCGAUACGACGAAAUCGCAAGAUGAUGAUGGUAAACACCUGAAGGACGAUAGCGAGAAAGAGGGAUAUUACAAUGGUGGGUUCGAUUGUGAUUCGAAAAACAAGAAUUACGACGGGAAUGACAACCGCUCCAGCGAUGAAAGAAACGAAGGCAAAUCACCACAAAGUAAAACCAAAAGCCUCAGUGAUGGCUCUGGAAAUACUUACCAAUCCUUGAGCAACACUGAUAGUGUAGGUGAUUACACCUACCAAGCGAUUGGAGAGUCCGGGAGAACAACAACAAGCCAAAGUGAUAACGACAAAAACAACAACGCAAGCGCAACAAUGGCUCAUUUAUCCUCUGACACUAACCAAGUCCUCAGAAAUGGUGAAAGUGGUUCUUCAGAUAUCAAUUCUCGGAAAGCUGGUAACAACACAGCACGUGCAGCUAUAGUGAUUGCUCCUCCUUCAAUCGGAGGCGAUAAGGUCAUAGCGAAAGGGGGCGAUGCUUUAGAUCUCAGUUCACGGCGAGCUGGAACCAAAGCAGCGCAUGGGGUUGCAGUAACUGCAUCUCCUUCCACCAGAGGUGAGAAGGUCAUAGCGAAAGGUGGCGAUGGAAAAGAUGAAAGUGAGGGUUCUUUAGAUCUCAUUUCUCGACGAGCAGGUAGCUACACGUACGCAGCGCAUGUUACUACAGUUACUACCACUUCCACUGGAGGUGAUGAAGUUACAGCGAGUGGUGGCGAUGGAAAGGGGAAAAGCGAUGUUUCUCCAGAUCUCUAUACUCGGCGAGCAGACAGUUACAUGUACUCAGCGCAUGUUACUACAGUUAGUUCCACUUCCACCGGUGGUGAUAAACGUACAGGACGAGGUGGCAAGGGAUCGAAUAAAAGUAGCGGUUCGUCAGAUCACAAUUCCUCUCGCGUUGGUAACAAGAAGGACAUUACGCCGUUGGUAAACACGAGUGCUCCUCUAACAGGUGGUGGAAGUAGGGGGACCGGGGCAAAUGCAGGUAAUAAGGAUGCCGAUGGUUUUUCUUCCCGGGCUGAUGAAAAUGGAGAGUGUCAAGACAGCUAUAAUGGGUCCAAGGCCAGUCCGACUUCGUUUCUUAAAACAGACACCAGUCCAAAAGACGGUGCUAGGAGAGGCUCACGUGUUCGUUCAUCCAUGGAUGAAGAUGUACCGCUGACUCAUAAAACGGGAACCGUCGGUAUUGUGGCUCUGGCUCUCAGGAACAAAAAUGAGACGAAGAAGGAGAGAGAAUUUAAGAACCUGGACAAGGACGUUCCCAAGGAGGAAGUGAAGUAUCCCCCGGAUACUACCAAUAAAAACAGAUCACCAGAGGUCCUGCCAGCACCAAGAACUCGUGUGAAGUUAUGCUCUUCUCCAGACUAUAUCAACGCUAACUGGAUCAGGGACCACAAAGGGCAAGUCUGCUACAUUGCUACACAACAUCCUAUGACAGAAACUGUUAGGGAUUUUUGGCAAAUGGUGUGGGACCAAAGAGUUCAAACGGUUGUUAUGGUGAACGACGAAGAGAAAGAGAAACCGGCUGAAUUUGUGGAUUAUAUUCCGAAAGGAGAAGGGACCUCCAGGCAAUUUGGCGGCUUCAGCGUUACAGUUAAACAAAUAACAGAAAAACCGGAUUUUUUCAUGACUGUUUUGAGCAUUACCGAAGGCAAGAAUGCUGCCUCCUCGCGCGAGGUUACGCACUUGAAAUUCACUUCGUGGAAAGAACGAGCCAUGCCUAACGUGGCUCUGUUUGUUGGGUUCGUGACUGCCACACAGGAAGCGAGGAAGAAGUAUGGUGGCACUAAGGUUCCAACUCUUGUGCACUGCAGUGAUGGCCUGGGCUUCACUGGUGUGUAUAUUGCUGUGGAUAUCGGUGUUAAAAGUCACAAAGAAAGUAAAACAUCAGUUGUUGACGUAUUUGAGUUGUCCAAGAACCUUAGACGUGAUCGCCAUGGCAUUGUUUGUACCUUAGAGCACUAUAACUUCAUUUACCAGGCUCUCUACGAGUACACUGUGAACUACGACAAAUCGGCUGAGUAAAACUUUGCCUCUGAAGGAUUUGGUUGGAAAAGGACUGAAAACUAUUAGUUUCAUCCUCCAAACUGACGCUAAAGUUACAUAUAAGGAUAGACAAAUACACGGUAGCAUUCAAUCUAGAGAGUGCCAUUUCCGUAUUUUCUUUUUUAUUUGAGGCAUGGAUCGCCUUAAUUGCACAUAACAACUGCUGUAUAAGUUGUAUUGGUUUUUUUUUUGUUUUCUUUUUUUGUUUUUUUAACCUCCACGAAGAACCAUGAAAUAGUUUUUAGAAAUACUUAUAACUCGAUGACUCGCGAGAGUUUGUUCGCAAGUGACAAGGUCACUCGUGUCACAUUAUUUUUAUUCUUUUUUUCUUUUUAAUAUAUGCAGUAUUUUUGUCAUUUAGUUGGCUUUGCUAUAAGGCAGCAGGACAUGUAUAUAGAAAAUAUUAUGGAUAUAUCAACAAAGUUGAGAUGGUAAAUUGGCCACCGUAACGAUUACAAAAGCUGACGUUCAAAAGC